AUGAUGACUGAGAACAAUGAGAUGGAGAGCGACUCUCAGCUCCAGCGCUCUCCAAGCACCAUGUCCAUCCAGCCGAUGUCAUCCAAGCUCCAGAGACUAAAACGCUCGCUGUCCUUCAAGACCAUCAUGCGCAGCCAAAGCGUGGAGAACUUCUUCCAAAGGUCCUACAGCGACGCUCGCCUGCCUCCAGAUUUCAUCACUGACCCACCGCCUCCUUCUCCCCCACUGCUGCCUGGCUCUCCUCUCGUUGGCGACCGCUCACCGUCCAUUUCACCAUCUCUCAGCCCCAACCCCUCCAUCUCCUCCCACUCCCCCUCUCUCAGCCUUUCCCCAUCACUGCCCACCAAACCUCCCCGGCCUCAGAUUACCCACUGUUUCCGUGACCAUGUCUUUCGCAAGCCCACCAACUGCCAGCACUGCAAGCAGAUGAUAGUAGGAAACUCCAAACAGGCACUGCGGUGUAAAACAUGCAAGAUGGCUGCUCACCUGUGGUGCACCUCAGAACUAUCGCAGCAGCUGUGCCACGGGAAGUCUGGAGCAUUCAAGCGUAACUUCAGCUCACCGAUGCUCGUCAAUGACCAAUUGUCUGUCGUCAAGGAAGUUCAACCGAGCCAAGAGGCUGUGCGGGGACGUGUAGAUCCUGUGUAUGCAGCCUUGCGCUACGGGACGUCCUUGGCACAGAUGAGCCGCUCCAGUUUUGGCAGUUUGUCAGAGUCGCCAACACGCAGCCUGGGGGAGGGAGGUGAGGAGAUGCAACAGAGACAGUACAGCAUGGAGGAAGAGAUAACUCAGGAGACAGGGGAUAUCCCCGUCCCCGACAUCGAAAUCGAGAAGGAGGAGGAUGAGAGCUGCAGCCAAGCUAAUACUACUGCAGAAGAUCAGAGUGUCCAGGUGCCCAAGCGCAUUGAAGUUCACUCCAUCCACACCUAUGUAGCGCUCUACAAGUUUCUGCCUCAGGAACAGAACGACCUGGAACUUCAGCCCGGUGACCGUGUGCAGGUCACUGACGACUCUAACGAAGAGUGGUGGAAGGGCAAGAGCGGCGACAAAGUCGGCUUCUUCCCGGCCAACUUUGUGCAGAGAGUCCGGCCUGGAGAGAGAGUGUGGCGGGUCGUCCAAGGCCUCCCCGGCAACCGAGAGAGAGGACACAUGGCCGUGAAGGAAUCCCAGAUCUGCGUUGGAAAGCGAGAAGAGGGCGAGGUGUUUCUGAAGCUGAGCAGCGGAAAGAAAAGAGGGUUGGUCCCAGCUGACUCCAUAGAGGAGAUCUGA